AUGUCCUAUGUGCAAGCCUCGACCUCGACCUCUUCAAGAAACUUCGAAUCCAGCGACUCGGAACAUGACCCGACCGACGACUCGUCCUCCUUCUACGUUCAGGCCUUGUACGCCUAUUCGGGUGGCGACACGUCUUGUCUCUCGUUCCGGCCGGGGGAUGUGAUUGAGGUCUUGUCGACGUUGAGUUCAGGCUGGUGGGAUGGCGUGUUAUGCGAGCAAAAGAUCAGGGGUUGGUUCCCUUCCAACUACGUGCAACGGUUGGACGAACAAGACGCACGAUGGGCGAGGCAACAGAUGUCGGGCUGGUGGCAAGGCGACGAAUCCGACGACGACGUCGAAGAGCAGCAACGUCGACCUGGGCAGGCACACUCUGGCAGCUUCUUGGACGCAAGGAAGAACUCGACCUCGACCGCGGCUUCGAUCGAAGAAUUCUUGGCUCGCGCCUCGAUCGGCGACGACGACUCGACGAUGAGCUUCUCGGAAGGGGGUGACAUCUUUUCGGAAAUCGCUGCCGCAGCAAGAGCCGGAGUCGCUGGCGACGGCGUGGGAGGAGCACGGAAAAUGGCCAGUUCGAGAGCGGACGGAUAUGCCAAAGGUUCAGAUGGCGAUGUCGAGCAUGAGGAGGGGGACGAGGUCGACGGUGAUGAUGACGAGCAGGAUUACUGGGUCCCCAAAGUCACGCACCGGGGCCAACUGUUCUACUUCAAUUCGAGGACGGGCGAGACCUCGCGCGAUAUGCCCGUCGACGGAACAGGCGACGGGACCCGCAUCGAUCCUUCAGAAUUCGCUCUCGACGAUGACGAACGCAACACCCUGAACAAGAGUCGAGCCGCCAAGUCUACACCCUCCAAACCUAGGACUGGGAGACGACCUUCUUCGACCACGUACAGUGCGACGUGGGGUUCGACCUUGGGUGCGGCUUCAUUUUCAACCUCGAAAAGGGAUAGGACUUCGAUGGGUGACGCUUCUGUCUUGUCGGCUUGGACGGAACGCCCUUCUCUUGCAGAGGAUGGAGAACACUCCGAUGGGUCCCAGCGUGUGAGCGUCUACUCGCAACGCUCACGGCAGACGACUGCGCGCAGCCUGCGCGAUACGACUGCGAGCGGCGUAGCUGUCGCCGAAGUCGACGGGCUGGAGGCAGAGGGCGAAUUCGAUGCCAAGGCCAUGGAGGAACAGAUCGCUGCGGCUUUGGAACAAGCGACGCGUGAACUGGAGAAGAGGCGCUCGACCAAAUCGUCCAAGAGGCCUUCCAAGAGGACCGUAUCGACGGCGCAAUUGCUCGAACCACCACCACCACCGCUGCUCAGCCAUCUUGAGUCGGUGAUCAUGGAGGCUUUAUCGAAGCUCAGUGAACUCGUCGGCGAGCAAGGGGCAGCGGAUAGUGGCGUAGCUGCAACACUUUUUGGUCCUGGGCCGGAACGCGAGGUGCUGGCGCAGCAUAGCGAUGAGAUCGUCGCGGCCGUGCGCAACUUGCUACACGCUUGCGGUAUUCUGGAGCACCCUGUGCUUCGUCUGUCAGAUCCGGCCGCAUCGAAUAAAUCGGCCUCGACCACUCAGGGCCUCGCGAACGAUAUCAGAGGGGGCUUCUCACGCAAGCUCGUCCUGAGCACUGCAGCGCAACUCGAGCUCAAGCCUACCACUCGACGACUGACAUCCACACUCUCGAAGUUAGUUUUGGCCGUCCGAGCGGUCUGGGGCUUGCUCGAAACGAUUCCAGCCGAUCAAGUCCUCGCCGUCGACGACGUCAUCGCCGCCUCGGCCGACGAGCCGGACGAUCUGGCCCAACAGGAGCAACUCCGCCAGCAGGUGAUCGCCGACUGGGCGCGAGCAAGGCAGACAAGGCACGAGAUCGAAAACAAGCUGCGUCACGAGGUCUUGGUAUCGACGAAGGAGGUGCACGCCAACGUCGUCAUCUUCUUGAAUGAGUACGAUCUUAUCGUCAAAUCCAACAUGGUCAACGAGGAAGGGGCUCCAUUUGCCCUCGUUCGAGCGCCCAAAGCCGUGACAGGGUCAUUGAGGACGAACGCGGCGGCACUAUUGCUACCUGGUGGUGGCUUUGGUGGUAAUUGGCGUGGGAAUGGGUUUGUGACGUUGCCGAGUCCAUUUACGACGCCGAAUUCAGAGCCUGUAUCAUCCUCGCCUCGACUCGUCUACGCCUAUCCCGUCCGAGCCAUCUCGGCCGAGACUGUUGAAUCUCUUCGCAAGGAGUCGAUGACGAUUCAAUCCAAGUCCCAGGCUUUGCGUACACUGGUCGAAACCGUCGAACGCCCUCUGGAUCAAGCUGCUUUGACGGAUUUGACGAAAGAAGCGGGUCAGCUAUUGGGCGGGAUUGCAUCGUUCUUGAGGUCGGUCGAGGACAUCGACAUCGCGUCCGGCGUCGACAUCGAACUCGCCAACGAUGCGGGGCCAAUCUCUCGCAGCGACACCGACGGUUCUGUUGCCAAGGACUCGAUGUCGAUCAAGAGUGGUCACGAGUCGGCGGCCGAGGGCAAGGAUGAAGCACCGUCGUCGGGGCCGUAUCGAGCGAGCGUCAUCGAGGCCAAGCCGCUGCUGGCCGAGUUUGAAGUCAGCAAGCAAACGCUGUACAAUGUUCCGCCCCGACUGCUUUGCGCUUUGCAGAGCCUGUCUGUGCUCGAGGAAGAUUGGGCAACGGCACCCGCUGCCUCUUCUGGCCCGCAGCCUUCGUCACUUGCUCCUCUCUCGUUGUAUGCAUCGCCGCCUGCUAGAGCAACAGGGUCCAAGGCGAUGCUUGAAAUUUUUGACGACCUCGGUACCGCCGUCACAAAGUUGACUCUUGCUCUCGUGGCCUUGAGCGCCAUCGCCGAAGUCCAGUCAUCCGCACCACCGAGCUUGAGGCGUAAUCGUACUACGCAACGCUCGCCGACGCCACUGGAUUCCGACACGGCGUCCAUCUCCGGCUCUUCAUUCCAAGAUAGCUUGCCGCAUCAAUCCCCUCGCAAGCUCGAUGCCGUAACCUCGCGGAGCCCCGCUUCAUCACGCCAUUCGAUCCUCCCCGACACUUUCGGCCUCAGUAUGGGCCGACGCAGCAAAGCGACGAGUAUGCACAGUCGCGAGAGUGCCGAUAGCGACUUCUUCUUCUCCGGUUCGAACGCCGGGACGGGGAGGACGUCGAGCAGCAAAACGAGGUCGUCGUUGAAGCAGCUUUUGACCAGUGCUGGGUUGAGGAGAGGAUCGGUCGCGACGAGUGUGUCGGAUCACUAUUCGCAGGAGCUUCCGAGAUGUGAGUACUUCGAGUGAUGACGCGGGGUCCACCUAAUGGUAUGGGACUGAUCGUGCCCUUUCCCAACAGCCACCGUUCCAUCCUCUCCCUCCAAACCUUCGACACCUUCCACCCCCAUGUCCAAGCUCGCCAAGCUUACGGGCGAGUCGUCCUAUCCAACUUCGAGCUCGCUCGCGAGCGUAGCCGAGGCUGUGCCUCCUUGGCUUGGUCCAGAUUAUGGUCCCGACGAGGUGUCGUACAAUAUGGAGGGCCAGAUCCGAGGGGCCACACUCCGCGCUUUGAUCGUUGCCGGGACGAGUCACGAGGGUCGAGGUAAGUGACUCCUAGGGUGCACAUCUGACUUCGAAGCACCGGUUGCUCACAUGUUUUCUCUUCCAUCUACUCCAGUCGAUGGUAGCUACCUAUCAGCAUUCCUGAUGACCUAUCGCACGUUCUGCACCUCGCAUGUGUUGCUCGACCUCCUCAUCGAGCGGUACAGGGUGCCAGUACCCGAAGGGUUGACACCGGAGCAGCACAAGACCUGGGAGACGCGCAAGUUCAAACCUAUUCGAGCCCGUGUCGCCAAUUUGAUCAAGUCAUGGGUUCGCGAGUACAUGGACUAUGACGAGAAGGAUCCGGAUCUUUUGAGAAGGAUUGCCACGUUUGCGUCGGUCACGAUGAGCGAUCCGGUGCAGUCCCCGCAGAUCAUCAAGGUCGUCGAUGAACGGGUACGUGACCUAAGCCUUACAGGGGGUGUUGGCGAUAGCUAACCAAAGACUACCUACCUUCUUAUUGACGCAGCUUUCGGGCCAAGCUCCUCGACCGAUGGGUAGUCUAGCUCCCGGGCCCCUCCCUCCGUCGAUUAUCCCGCGCAGCUUCCGCAAGCUCCGCUUCCUCGACAUCGACCCGCUCGAGCUAGCUCGACAACUGACCAUCAUGGACAGUCGUCUCUUCGCCAAGAUUACAACGCAAGAAUGUCUCGGUAAAGCCUGGCCCAAGGAGUUUGGUUCCGACGCUCCCAACAUCAGUGCCAUGAUCGACAUGUCCAACGCCGUGACGCGGUGGGUGACAGAGACGAUCUUGCUACAAGAGGACCUCAAGAAACGAGCGUCGAUCGUCAAGCAUUUUAUACUCGUGGCUGAGGUGAGAAGGAGUCAUCGGUAACGGGCAUGUUUGUAUGAAGCUGAUGGUAUCGGUCCAUUUUCACAGCGCUGCUUCACUCUGAACAACUUUUCGACCUUGAUCCACAUCAUCGCCGGACUCAACUCAACGCCAAUCCAUCGCCUCCGUCGGACGUGGGAGCAAGUUAGUCAGAAAUCAAUAUAUCAGCUCGGCGUCAUGAACAAUGUGAUGCGACCGGACAAGAACUACAAGGAGUAUCGCGAGCAGCUGCGCCAAGUCGCUCCGCCCUGCGUCCCGUUCCUAGGUCAGUGUUCCUAGCGUCGAUCCCAGCGCCAGUCAUCUCGCUUGCAUGUCCUGACAGACUUGUCAUCGACUACAGGUGUUUACCUUACCGACUGGACCUUUAUUGGAGACGGCAACCCAGACAUGCUUCGUGAACGACCGCAUCAGAUCAACUUCAACAAGCGCCAAAAGGCGUCGGAAUUGAUCCUGAUGAUCAAGUUGCACCAAGCGACCUCUUAUAACCUCGCCGCCGUCCCUUCGCUAGCCAAGUACAUUGACGAACACCUCUUCCCUUCGCACGCCGAUCCUGCGACCGAUGAUCAACGCCUUUACGAGCUUAGUCUGCUGCGCGAACCGCGCGAGCGAGACGACGAAAAGAUCGCUCGCCUGCUCAGCGAGAGCGGCUUCCUCUGA